AUGACCGACGAAAAGGAAACGGGGGAGAUUGGCAAGGAGAUCGAGGCUACGGGUACGGAGGAGGUAGAAAUGGGCCCCCUGGACCACCAAGGGGAUUCGGAAACGGACCCUCAAAGGACCCCGGAUUCGGAAAUGAGCCUCCUAAGGACCCUGGAAGAGGACGGACCACCGGCAACUAUAUCGCAAAGCACACCUGCGUACGGCACUCCAGGCGCCCCUGACGAUGAUGGUAACGAUUUCCCUGAGCUAGGAGCAGCAGACCCUCACCCAAGAGCGAAGGAAUUAGCCUUGUUCGCGCGAAGCUUUCCCAAAGAGCUGAAGUAUUCAAGACCCGACGAUGACUUCAAGACCCAAUUAAAGAUUUUUGCUGACCAAGCAAGUCGAUACGGUUUGACCUCAGACGACUACUUGGCGGCGUUCCCUAUCAUGCUGACGAGGGAAGCUAUAACCUUCUAUUACAAUCAUAAAGAGAAUCCAAGGACCUCGCUUAGCGAGUGCUUUAAGAAGCUCGCUAAGGAGCUCAAGGGCAUUCAGGGCUCUCUACGACCAGGUUUAAGGGACGAUCGAAGUCUUACUGACAAGCUGUAUUCAGCUUGUAAAAACGUGCCAGAGACUACGAUUGCACGAAUGAAUCCUGCUUUUACCUCCACCGCGGCAGUUGCUGACAUUCGUCGAGCAAUUGCCUUUGCAACUAAGACCUCCCGACCUCCCGCCAAGGCUAAAGCUUACGCGAGCUCUAGCGAGCCACACGAUCACACCUGCUCUCACAACACCUCAGAGGCUGACUCCGAUUUGGACGAAGAAUACGAAUGUUUUAUUCAAGACCGCCAAUACUUCGGAAGUAAGAAAGCUGCCAAGGCUACUACUGAAGGUGAGAAAAGGUGUUUUGUUUGCAAGAAGCCAAGUUGCUGGAGCACCAACCACACCCCCGACGAGAGAAAGGCAUCCGUCGCCAAGUUCCAGGCCUCCAAGGACGCAAAAAAGGUGACGAGAAGCAAAUUCUCUCAAUACGUGGCGUCGAUCGAAGGCUUGCCACCUGUAUCCACGGAAGAAUUCGAUCAGUUUAUCGCAGGCCUACCAAACGAGCCGCCCGAAUCGGGCAGCCACGCCAACAUAUCAAAAGGUUUUGUGACUACCCACGGCACCUUUGACGCUGACGAGGUAUACAAACAGCUAAAGAUUCAGACGGCAUUCCACGCCCUUACCAGCCAAAUCGAGACCCAAAACGUGCCCGCGAGCAAAGCAGAGACCUACAUAGCCUCUAAGUACUCGGAAAACGUCUUCAUAGGCCUCAUGAUCGACAGCGGAGCAGCCAAUUUCUCUACCGCUAGCUUGCCCCAGCUACGAGCACUCCAAAAGAAGUACCCCGAGGUCCAAUUAGAUACAUCCCGGGCAGGGGAGAAGUCCGUCAAAUACGGCAUCGGCUCUGCUACCUCUAUUGGAGCAGUUACCCUACAAACACCCCUGGGUCAGGUGGAGUUCCACGUUGUAAAGAGCGACGUACCCUUCCUAUUCUCAUUAGCUGACAUAGACAAGCACAAAGUGAUCCUGGAUAACUUGCGGAACGUGCUAGUCCAAAGGAAAAGGGAAAUACCAAUGGUAAGGAUGUUUAGGCACGUGUGGAUGCUACUAAGUAAGGAGCACGCUGCUACCUACUAUAGCACCGAAGGCGAAACCGUCUAUUGCCACCUCACGGAAAAGCAAUUAAGGACCAUCCACAAGCGUUUUGGCCACCCCUCAGCAGGUCGAUUUGCUACUGUUCUCAAAAGGGCCGGGCACGAAUUUAGGCGGGAUUUGCUCUACAACAUUCAAAAGUUUUGCCACCACUGCCAAGUAUUCGGACGCUCCCCGGGGAGGUUUAGUAUCAAGCUCAAAGAUAAUACUGACUUCAAUGAUACGGUAUACGUGGACGUAAUGCACCUUGACGGCAAGAACGUAUUGCACGUCGUCUGCGAUUCUACCAAUUUUCAAGCCGCCACCUUCCUCAAAAGCAUGUCCGCACAGCACUUACUUGAGGGAUUCAGUCGAUGUUGGGUCAAUACCUACGUCGGACCUCCUACAAACGUCGUACACGAUCCCGGAACCAACUUCAAUUCGGUAACGUUCCGAGGCUACCUCAAAAGUAUUAGCAGCACCCCAAAGCAGAUGCCUGUAAAAGCCCAUCACAGCGUCGGGCUAGUAGAACGCUACCACGUCCCUGUGCGACGCGCCUUUGAGAUCGUCACAAAAGAGCUUCCAAAAGCCCCAAGGGAAGACCGGCUUCAAAUGGCUAUCAAAGCCAUCAACGACACAGCUGGACCUAAUAGCCUGGUUCCUACACUCCUCGUUUUUAGGACCCUACCGAAGCUGACGGAGCAAGAUCGACCUGCCGCGUCUACCCAGGAGCGUGCUGCUGCCAUCAACAAGGCUAUGAGGGAAGUACGAAAAUGCCACGCUGCGAAGCAAGUUAAGGACGCGCUCAAGAGGAGGAAUGGCCCAAUUACGGAGCAUACCCUAGACCUCCCUAUUGGCUCACGGGUGCUCGUGUGGCGGGAAAACCAAGGGUGGAAGGGCCCCUUUCAGCUGCUUGGCAGGCAGGGGCACACGUGCACAAUGGCUUGUCCGAGGCCUACGGAAUUCAAGUCAACCUCAGUAAAACCUUACUACUCUAAAGUUGAAAAGCUGCCAAAGGAGUUGCAGGUACCUGAGGUAGAGGUGGAAGAAGAAGUAGAAGAAGAUCAGAGCGAAAGCGAAAAAGAGCUAGAACUACGAAAUUCGCCUAAACCUCAAAAGUCGCUUAAUCCACCGAAGUCGCCUAAUCCAAGAAGCUCGCCAAGAUCAGCAAACAGCCCCCCUCAACUUGUCAAUUCCCAGAAGUCAACAAUACCAAUGGUCCAAAUACCUUACCAGAAGUACGAUCCGAGUAUCCCGACCGUGCUCGAUGAGGAGGAAGACGAUUCCUACGUGCUAUUCACCAAGGACUCCGAAGUGUUGGUUACCGACAAAGAACGCCGGGACCAUGAGCUCUCAGCCAAGCUACGAGCCGAGGGAGUCAUCAAAAGCCCUAGGGCACCAUUUCAAGAGUCCAGAGCAAAGGAAUUGGCUGGAUUAAUGGCCCAAGGCAUCCUCCAAGUGAUCCCGGGCACCGACCCACGCGCUAAAGGCGCCAAGAUCUUCGGAUCUAGGUUUGUUGACGAGAUCAAGGGCAAGGGAACACCUACGUUAUACGAGAAGUCUCGUAUAGUAGUCCAAGCCUUCCAAGAUAAGGGCAAGACGAGGGUACUCACCGAGUCACCUACGGUGCAACGGGCGGGCCAAAGACUCUGUUGUGCUCUAGCUCCUUCGCUGAUAAAGGACUACGAGUGUCAGGUCUGUGGCAAGGAUAUCACUCAGGCUUACACUCAGUCAAGUACGAAGCUCAUUCGAAUAAUCGUCGUGCGACCACCUAAAGAGAUCACCCAUCGAUUCCCCCCCGGCACCUUGUUCCUUAUGACUGGCCCCUUAUACGGCAUCCCCGAGGCAAAGACACACUACUUUGACUCUUGCCUUUUUAUGUCAACCAACAAAGAUCAGCUAAGAAUAGCUGCCUUACAGACGGAUGAUGUUCUCAUGGUUAUCAAUCCAGCUAUGAGGGCAAGGGAAGAGAAGGAGCUGGUCAAAUCCAAGCUGAAGAGCAAGGAAAUAGAGACCCUCACACACGCCGAGCCGAUGAUUUUCAAUGGAUGCAAGCUAUCCUUGGAUAAGGACGGGUUCGGACUGUCAGUUGGGCAAAAGGGGCAGGGUAAGAGGCUUGCCGUAAUCAAGCUCGAUUCAGCUACGCGGGCUAAGGAGUACUUAGAGCAACGUGCCCGAGGGGCGUAUUUAGCUACCAUUUGCUACCCAGAAGCAUCUUGCGCUCUAUCGAUGGCUGCCCAGCACCAGGAACCGAAGGACGAAGACUACAAGGCCCUCAAUAAGGUGAUCCAGUGGCUGAUCGAUCACCCAACUCGAGGGAUCCACUACGUGCCCUUGGACCUGAGGACGGCGAAGCUCUUUAUGUUCGUGGAUAGAGCGUUUGCCAAUAACGCUAACCUUAGCUCCCAGAUCAGUUUCGUAGCUAUCCUUGGCAAUGAGGCUCACGUAAGUGAGAACGAGUUCACUCUGACGGGUAACAUCCUCCAUUGGGUGUCACAGAAGUGCAAGAAGGUGACAAAGGCGGUGUUAGCCUCUGAGCUAUACGCUAUGUCCUUAAGUAUCGAUAUAGCCAUUGCCAUAUCGACUACCUUUGCCCAAAUCACAGCUUAG